AAUACUUGGCUUCCUGACGUUUCCUGCAACCCUCGGGUUUCGCAAAGUUUGAAAUAUGCCACACGGCUCUGACCUCAUCGUUUCGGAAACAACGUCCGUCGCACAGACCCGUGGGUCAGCGAGAGCUUUGAUAUGGUGAUGGCCAGGAGCGUGCUGCUACAUAUAGCCGUGGAGACAGCGGACAUUGGCCUGAGGAAAUACUCCUCGCCCUACAGAGAUCACUUCGCGCAUUGCAUUGCACUUUCGCAGCACGCUUUCAUCCGCUCCGUAACACCGACUGCGUGGCCUCCAGCAGACGUGCCCCAAUUCGCGUGUAAGCUGCUGUUGCCUUUAGAGAUCAUUCUAGCAAGUUGUGACAGGCUCAGUCACCGCCCCGAGGCUUCGCGACUGCCAUCGGCCCCUUCUGCGGCUUAUAAGACCGCUCACGAAACCCAUAGAUUGGGUCUUCGCUUGCGUUUUGGUAUGGCAGCAAACAGGUGGUCAUCGGGGAAUAUUCCGCGCAAAUACAAAGUCGCAUGCUUUGGUAUUGAUGCUAGAAGCAUUGAAGUUGCCAGUUGCUGCAUGAUUAUGACUAUUCUAGCACUGAAUGGAAGAAGUGUGAGGCUUAAGCGAUACCUUCACAUGCUUGGACCAUCAACAGCCAAACUAGAACCUGUGGAGCAACACGCAUUGUGGUCCACAUGGACACAUCCACCGCUCCAUUCUCGCAACUACUACUGCGCGCAAGUUCACGCGGGGUACGAUGGGCGAACUCGGGUGUCAAAGAGUGGUAGUCGACUACCACGACCCACUAUCGCGUCCACGUAUGACAGCUGUCAAGGACACCUGUGUCGUCUCCCGUCUUCUCAUGUGCUAUAGUGUUCUCGCCCAGACGUGCCGCGUACUCGCCAUCCCGAGUGCGGCUCAGUCUGCUGCACCGUGAAAUUGAGAGUAAUAG